GGGCAGAUGAGUUGUGUGAUGGCACAGGAAGCCUGUUACACACACACACACACUGCUUUGCUACUCCAGGGGCCCCAUCUCAUCACACAACACAUCUCUCAGGACACACAACUCACUGCCACUGCGGAGAACGGACGACCGAUCAAACAAGCUGAAAAAUUCAGAUCAUUUGGACACGUAAAAGCUAAAAAAGAACAAUGUUUGGAUGCUGGAUUACCAUUCUUUUAUUGUCUGCAACCUCUGAGUUUUUUGUGGUGGUCCGCUCAGAGAACAACACUGGAAGUACGGCACAAAAGAAUGCUCAUGAAAUGGACUUCACUCGCCACAAUAUUUUGACCGCCCAGUUUGAAUGUUACCAGAAGAUUAUGAAAGACACCAAUCACAACAAAACAGAUGGUUCUAUGUGUAAAAGGACCUGGGAUGGAUGGCUGUGUUGGGAUGAUUUGGAAGCAGGAGUCACCUCGGCCCAGCACUGUCCGGACUACUACGAUGACUUUGAUACCUCAGAAAUGGCAACAAAGAUUUGCACUGAUUCAGGCCACUGGUUUGUCCACCCGGAGAGUAACAGAACAUGGACAAAUUACACGGGCUGUAAUCAUAUGUCUAAUGAUCACAAAAGGACAGCACUUAAUCUCUACUACUUGGCUUUAAUUGGUCAUGGAUUGUCGCUUAUAUCUUUGUUUACCUCUCUAGGGAUAUUUUUCUAUUUCAAGAGCCUAAGUUGCCAAAGGAUAACUCUACACAAGAAUCUCUUCUUCUCCUUUGUUCUGAACUCUGUUAUAACCAUCAUCGUUUUCACUUGUGUUGCAAACAACCAAGAAGUAACACAAGCCAACCCAGUGAGCUGUAAAGUGUCUGUGUUCAUUCACCAUUAUCUCCUGGGAUGUAACUACUUCUGGAUGUUGUGUGAGGGGAUCUACCUGCACACACUCAUUGUGGUGGCCGUCUUUGCUGAGAAACAGCACCUGAUGUGGUAUUACCUCCUAGGAUGGGGCUUUCCUUUAAUACCUGCAUUUAUUCACGCAAUAGCCAGGAGUUAUUACUACAAUGACAACUGCUGGAUAAGUUCAAACACUUCUCUGCUCUACAUUAUCCAUGGACCCAUAUGUGCAGCUCUGUUGGUUAAUCUCUUCUUCCUUUUAAACAUUGUGAGAGUGCUGAUCACCAAGCUGAAGGUGACCCACCAGGCAGAGUCCAGUCUGUACAUGAGGGCCGUUAGGGCCACCCUAAUCCUGGUACCUCUGCUGGGCAUUCAGUAUUUACUGCUGCCUUAUAAACCUGAUGGACGGCUCACCUCUGAGAUAUUUAUGCACACAAUGAACAUACUGAUGCAUUACCAGGGCCUCUUGGUUGCCACAAUAUUUUGUUUCUUCAAUAGCGAGGUGCAGGGUGUGUUGCGAAGGCACUGGAACCAGUAUCGCAUCCAAUUUGGCAGUACAUUCGCUAACACGGAGGCCCUCCGUUCUGCAUCCUACACAGCCUCCUCGAUGACAGAGGUCCAUCGAUGUUACAGCAUUGACAGCCACAUGGAGACACUAAACGGCAAAAGUUUUCACAGUCUUGAGACCACCAUUCUCCGAUCAGACAGUCUAUACAUGUGAGAGACUUUGACUCUUCAAAACCUGGGAGAGCAGCCUCACUGGGAAGACCACUAACCAUAUAUAUAUACUGUAUGAGUAGUGGCCUACUAGACAUAUAUAUGGACAAGACACUUUGGACUACAGACUCCAAGAAGCCUUAUCUCAAUACCUGGCCAUUAUAUUCUCCUCUGUAUGGAUGGGAUUAGUAGUUUUUAACUGGAGAAAAUAAUGUAUUUUACAUGGAAUUUUAAAUUCAUUCAAGCAUUUUCCAUGAUGAUCAGGUGGAACGCUAUGGAGAACAUCAUGCAUUGUCAGUCUUUUUGACUUAUUUUAUUGAAUGGACCUGAAGAGGGUGUGAACUGAGGAUCACAUCUUAAGAGUUUAAAUGAAGCUUUAUUCUUUAUGACAUUCAAACUGAUUCUGUUUGAGCUGCUCACUGUUGCCUUUCUGCGUUGGUUGAUGGUUUCCAUACCACUGUUUAAACAAAGGGGAUUCUGGCUUGAACAAAGAUGAAGAAGGCACCACAGAAACAGUAAAUCCACAUCUAUGGAUCUAUGGAUUAUGCUCAAAGAACCUGUAAUGAAACAAAAGGAUAUACAAUGGAUGACACAACGAUGUGAUUCCAGAAGAAAUUGCUGAUCUUGUCUGUCCUGCACUUAAUGAAAUUUCAUCUUGUUAUGUGAUUAAUUUUAUGUGAAACUUUAAACCAAAUACAGGGCGAUUUUGACAAUAUAUUCUACGUAUGCAAAAUGUUUUAUUGUCUCUAAGGAGUACUGGGCUUUUAUAUGUAUAUAUAUAUAUAUACACUUUGAUUAAAGAAACCGAAACAAUUUUGUCACCAAAAACUAUUCAACAUUAAUUUCCCUGCUGAAAAAAACUAGCAUAUGUUUUGUUUUGGAGCUUGUCGCCAGGAGGCUGAUGCUCCCACCAGACUGUCUAAAUGCUGUAGUUUCGACAGCAACACUACCUUGGUCAACCAGCUUCACCAGCACUAACAAGGAUAAACCAGUCUGGACUUGUUAUAAUCUUCAAGGACAAGUUAGAUUUUCCACAUGGGUUUAGGGUUUUGGAAAACAGAUUAACAAACAGAAAUGAGAUCUUAUUCAACAGUGUCUCUAUGGCUGGAACAUACAGAUGCUUUUGCCACUUUUUUCACUGUUGUGUUUCUCAAAGCAUUUUUAUGUGCACAUGCUGGAUAAAUAAACAUUCGUAUGUUGAAAUGUAAAUAUAUUUCUACAUCUAAGUGUGUUAUGGAUGUUGGUGUGGUUUACAGUAUAUAAGUAUAUUUAUUAAAGCAUUCUUGUGUAGUCUUGAACAUGAUUAAUUCUGUAGGGCCCCCCUUUUACUAGAAAUGUAAAGGAUAUACAGUAUACUGUAUAUAUCCUUUCAGCAAAAAUCCAGUUAAAAAUCCAGUUACUUCCAGAUUGAGUGUUUGUAUCCUAAUUAGAACUGUCAUUACAUUUGUAACAAACUGAUAUGAUUAUUAUUAUGUAUAUGAUCAGUCAUGAGUCAUGAGUUCAUUGUCUUGUAAAGUAUGUUGAAAACAUUGUGUCACUGUAAAUGGUGGAAGUAUCAGUACUUAAAGGUCAAAUACAGAUUUAAAAUAUCA